CUCGCCAAAACCCAUCUGGCAACCCUCGAUCAGGGCAAAAAUAUAAAUAAAGAAAAUAAAUAGUUUAAUCCAAUUAAACCAGGCGAACUGCAAGCUUGGAUUCUUUCUUUCUCUUUUCGAGUCUCUGCCGACACGCAAGUGCCUUUAUUCUUAGUUGGCUGCCGGUCUUCAGCUUAUUUACCAAAGAAACGCUUACGCUUGAGUUUUGGGAUACUAUAUGAUUUAGACUAUCUAACAUUCAAAGCGGGGAGUCACAGUAAACGAUACCUUUUCCUUAAAAUCGCAAUAUUUAAAGUCAAGGCCAAAGCAAAAACAACAACAUCUGCAUACCAAACCCAGCUGCAAUUGUGUGCGAGAUAAAAAAGAUGCAACGCAGUGCCUAGGAUCGGAUCUCUCCUCCUUUAUCGCUUCGUAAUCCGUGAAUCUUCCGCAUCCUACAUAUCGUCCCACCAUGUGCUGCAAGUGCUGCGGGGAAACUCAACGCAAGGCCUGGGUCUUCGGCCUGGGAUCGCUCUUCCUGGUACUGGGAGUACUCGUCGUAGUCUUCUGGCCGGGUAUUGCGGAUAGCCUCGUCGAGGAUGGUCUCACCCUGAAGCCUGGCACAGAUACCUACGACAGCUGGAUGGAGACACCUAUCCCGAUUUACCUGAGCUUCUACAUGUUCAACUGGACGAAUCCCGAGGAGAUCAGGAACCCAAACGUAAAGCCGAACUUUGUGGAGAUGGGUCCAUACACCUUCUUGGAGAAGCACAAGAAGGAGAACUACACAUUCUACGACAAUGCUACGGUGGCAUAUUACGAGCGCCGCUCGUGGUUCUUCGAUCCGGAGAGAUCCAAUGGCACCCUGGACGACAUGGUGACCGCCGCCCAUGCCAUCACCGCCACGGUGGCGGACGAGAUGCGAAACCAGCGCAAGAUCGUCAAGAAAAUCAUUAACUUCAUGUUGAACCACGAGGGCGGCGAGUUGUACGUGACCAAGCCGGUGGGCGAGUGGAUCUUCGAUGGCUUUCAGGAUAACAUUACCGAUUUCCUUAACCUGUUCAACACCUCCAUGAUUGACAUUCCAUACAAGCGCUUCGGCUGGCUGGCGGAUCGAAAUGAAUCGCUGACCUACGACGGCUUGUUCACCAUUCACACCGGCACUGAUGACAUAUCCAAUCUGGGCAGACUCACCCACUGGAAUGGAAAGCCGCAGACUGGUUUCUACGAUAUGCCUUGUGGCACGGUUAAUGGAACCACCGGUGACCUAUUCCCGCCCAAGAUGAAUGUCAACGACGAGAUUACGGUUUUUGCCACCGAUGCUUGCCGAUUCCUGAACCUCCGGCCAAAGGGUACUUAUGAGAACCACGGCCUGACCGCCACAAAAUGGGUGGGCACUGAGGAGACCCUCGAUUCCGGGGAAAACUACCCGAACCAGGCCUGCUUCUGUGAUCCCAAGCGCUUCGACGAGUGUCCCAAGACCGGUGUGGUGGAGUGCAAGGCCUGCCGAGACAAGGCACCCAUCUACUCCUCCUUCCCCCACUUCUACCUGGCUGAUCAGUCGUACGUCGACGCUGUCACUGGAUUGAAGCCGGAGAGGGAGAAGCACGAGUUCUUCCUGGCGGUGGAACCCAUCACCGGAGUGCCCGUCCAGGUGCACGGCCGCAUCCAGAUUAACAUGAUGAUCGAGCCGGACGACGACUUCGACAUCUAUCGCGGAGUGCCAAAGGUGCUGAUGCCCAUGUUUUGGUUCGACCAGUAUGCGGAGCUGUCCUCGGAAUUGGCCUCCAAGGCCAAGUUGGCCAUCAAUCUGUCCAGCUACGGAGUAAUCCUCGGCUAUUCUCUGGUGGCUUUUGGCAGUGUCUUCCUCGUCACCGGCAUCACGCUGACGUUAAUGAAGAAGUGGGUGCGAAGAACUCCCGAGGAUGAGGACAUGCUGACCAACUAGACCAUAAUAGUUUUUAAGCGUAGCCAAAGUGCCAGGACAUGUUAACUCUCCUAGUUCAUUCUGAUAGUCGCGCAUCGCUUGUUGUUCGUCGUCAGUUACGCGUUAUGUAAUAUGUAAGUGAUACAGAUCGACGUUCGUCUUGCAUUUUGUGAUAGUAAACCCUACUCCUAACUUAAUCAAACCCUACUCUACAAUGUUACUCUGAAAUCAUUUCCAAGCCGAAACUUUAUGAUUGAGAUUUUCUUAUUAUUAUUGAUAACAUACCACAGAAAACUAAAACACUCGAUUAAUUUUA